GUGGCUACACUUCGUUCAGAUGAAAAGGGUUCGCGGAUGGUAUGAUUUACUCAAUAUCCGGGCAACUAAAUUGUAAACGUCCCAAAAGUUAUUCCCAAGAAACGUUGCUUACAUUGAGAAUAAUUGUAGCAGCAACAUGACGUAUUUUACUAGCUAUUGUAUUGGUACCUGCAGGUAGCUAUAAAUUUCAUUAACUGGAUUAAAAUAUUUAGUAUAUGCUCGGAAAAGGAGCAAUGAUCUCGCGACACGAAAGGUGGACCUAUCGACGGUCCCAAGGUUGAUUUCACGGUAGCGUUCUCGACGGAAGGGUACAAAGAAGUUACGAGAGGAAAAUACAUAAGUGGCAAUGGAGGACGAAGGACCGAACGGACUCGCGAGGGGUAGCUAUGGCUCGAGCGUUACGAUAAAUCAACGAUACGCGCUCCACCCUCGUGACUUCUGCAGAACGUGUCCCAUGGAGUCAUAGAGAGCAAAGGACGCGAAGGUCCGUUUCAUUGUGUUUAAAGUGCAUCCCGGGUCCCGAUCAACGAUCGGACGUAUAAACAAUUUAUAGUUGCUUCCUGUCACGCGUCGCCCUGUCGUUCGGGAUUCGAGUCGAGGAAAUCGGAAAGGAAAGAAAAUUCAAUAAUGAAACUCGUUCAAAGUAAAAUUGUUCCUUUCUCUUCUUAUUCAGUCCCAAUCAUGUCGAUCCGGUUUGAGUCAAGACUCGAACGCAAAUCGGCUGGAAUUGGUAGCAAGGAACAAAUUAUUGCGAUUUAAUGCUUAAGAACUGUAUAAAUCGAUCACGCUUGUAAGUCAACGAGACCGGGACGAUCGAAUCGCGGGGAUCAAAUAAAAACAGGCGCACAGAGGGCGAGGUGGGCCCGAACGGGGGUUUCGAUCUCGGAGACUCGUCUCCCUUUCUCGUUGCCCGGUCAAAGAAAGGAGAGCCCCAUAGCCGUGGCGACCGAUUAAUUCCCGACAAAGGGGACGCGUAUCGCGUAGCCCUCGACCGGCCCCUCUGAAACCCACCUUUGCCCUUGCCGGCAAGGGUGCCUCUGCCUCCCUCGCCCUGAUGGUCGGGGCCUUCGCCGGCAAACGCUCCAAUACGAAACGGAGGGUGGAUACCAUGGACGGUAUAUAACUGUGGGGCGAACUUUGUCGAAAUGAACAGUCACCCUCGAGGCUUCGUACCCUCGACGUGUCCUCAUUCACGACUGGACUUUGUCGUCUAGUGUUCACAAGCGUUCGCCAGUGCAUGGGUGCAUCGGUCUUUCAGCAUCUUUGAGUGACUUUGCGUAAGACCGAAAUGUGCGAAAAGAGGAGUUUAGCAUUCUUCAGGCCAUGGAGCGCCGCCGACUCGAUCGAAGGAAAUGAAGUAGCGAACAUGCGAGAAGACGAAACGAGCGAUACGAGAAUACCCAUCGUCGAGCACGAGGAAGAUGGUCACGGUUCAGCAUCGGUCUCCACGUGCGACGAGAACGGUGCUUCGGAGAACGAAGCUCCUUCGUCGCGUCGGGCCACGUGGCGACCACGCGGUAGAAGCGAGUCUUCCGCUGAGGCUGACACCGGUAGAUCCGAAUCCGUCGGCAGCGAAGAAGAUACAAAGGGCAGCGAUUCAAAUUCAUCCAGUGACUUCGCCAUUGAAUCGUCCGCUGAAACCAUGUUCGCUCGAUCGAUCGUCGAACAUACAUCGGUUCUUGGAGCCUGUCCUAUGACCAGCGGGUAUCCGGUGUUCGCUCCGACGUGUCCACUGAGCUGUCCUUCGAGGACGAUUCUGUCUGGUACAAGCGGAUUCGAAACGCUGCACGAUGGACCAUCUUUCACGCCCAUCGAGCCUCGCGUUCCUCUCGGUCCGGCCACCUCGACGUCGGGACAGUUCUAUUAUGGAUACCCGUUCGUCCGAUAUUCUUCGGGAUCGUGUUCACCAACGAUGGAGCAAGCCGUCGAGAUGCUCCACAGACAAGACGCGGUCGCGAAGCAGAUGAAGAAAUUGCGCCCGAAGAAAUUCCGAUGCGAACACUGCGACGUCGCCUUCAGCAAUAACGGCCAGCUCAAAGGACACGUUCGUAUACAUACCGGGGAGAGACCGUUUAAAUGCGACGCGGAGGGCUGCGGAAAAUCGUUCACCAGGAAUGAGGAGUUGACGAGGCACAAGAGGAUACACACAGGACUUCGACCACAUCCGUGUGUCAUCUGCGGAAAACGAUUCGGCAGAAAGGAUCACUUGAAGAAGCACAUGAGAACGCACGAGAAUCGAGAUCCUUACCGAAUGUCGGCAGUCGCGCUGGGGAUGUUGGCUCUGGGACACGCCGUACCUCGAGGCCAUCCGUUUCAUCCGUACUAUCCGAUAUGAUCGGAGGUCGCAUCGUCAAACGCGUCGAUCUUGUUAUUAGACAGUAUUUUUUAUACGCUCUCAUACAGACGGUUUUACGCGUUGUACAGAUAAAUAAUUACAGCUUUGUACAUCGCGUACGGUCAGACGUUGUACCAGACGAUCGUUGUUGCUCUGAGAAAACGGUUGUUUGUAUUUUAUAUAGGAUCGUUCGAGGGACGCUCGCCGAGACUCUGAUUCGUAAAGUAUUUUUGAUACGACCUUUUACCGAUGA